AUGUUUCUCUUCCUAACAUCCAGCAGAGAUCCUGGGAUUGUACCUCGGAAUUCAAGCCCUCCCGAGUGUGAUGAAACAUUUGAGAUGAGCACCCCUUCAAUGGAGUGGGUCAAUGGGAGGACUCCUCAUUUGAAACUUCCCCGAACAAAGGAUAUGAUCGUGAAUGAGCACACUGUUAAAGUGAAGUUCUGCGAAACAUGUUUGCUUUACCGUCCUCCCCGUGCAUCUCAUUGCUCCAUCUGCAACAAUUGUGUUCAGAGAUUUGAUCAUCACUGUCCAUGGGUCGGUCAAUGCAUUGGCAUAACUACGUAUGAAAACUUCAGAUAUCGUUAUGAUAAGAAGGAAAACCCAUAUAAUAAAGGGGUGAUCAGAAACCUCAAAGAAGUCUUUUUCUCGAACAUCCCACCGUCUAUGAAUGAUUUCCGAGCAUACUUCGAAGAAGAUGAAAGUGUGGGUGUGGAUCCCACAACUGCUGAGUUCAUGGGAAGUAUCACUACCUCAAAAGAAAAAAUUGACUUUGAAAUGAGAACUAAAUUUGCUGAGGAGAACGGCCUUUCACUUCCUGAAAUUUUGAGAGUUUUGGAAUAUGAUGACAUUGAGACUAACAUGAAAGAGGAGGGGAAUGACAGAACUGAUUUGGAUCCACUUCUCUUUCUGGAUGAACAAGAACUCAAGGACGAGGCUAAUGGCAAGGAGAAACUAGAUGAAAUUACAACCUCUGAUCAAAUCACGGGAUCAGGUCAAAGAUAA